UAAAUGCUGGCACGCCACUGUUUUAUUCACUCGUUCUAGAAGCGUAAAUGAUGACACGCAACUGUCUUGGUCACUAAAAGGACGGCGAUCGAAAAAAGGCGAUGUACGGGCUCGACAGUAACUUGAAAUAAAUUUGUUAGCGUAUUUACCUAAGUGUUACCCAUAACAUAUUCAUUUUUUAGCGAAUUGUUUAUUUACUUACAUAUAACAAAAGUAUUUGUUACCCAAAUUUCUGUUAGUGUUAUUAUUUUGGUUGGCAGUUUGUUACGUUUAACAUAUAAACAAGUUAGCAUGUUUGUUACAUAUUUGUUAUAAGUAACAAAACAUAUGUGCUACCUCGAUUUUCCUCGUUCGUCUUCUUCUUUGCUGGCGUAGAAACUGCUUACGCGGUUAUAGCCGAGUUAACAACAGCGUGCCAGUCGUUUCUUUUUAUAGCAAGGCGACGCCAAGUCGAGAUUCCAAGCGAAACCAGACCCUUCUCCACCUGGUUUUUCCAAUGGGGUGGCGGUCUUCCUCUUCUUUUGUUUCCCCCGGCAGGUAAUGGAGCUGGAGUGUGUUCGUCCAUUCGGACGACAUGACCUAGGCAGCGUAGCCCCUGUCUUUUAAUUCGCUGAACUAGUUCAAUGUCGUCGUAUAUCUCAUACCGUGCAGGGCAUGCCUCUGCACCAUAUAACCCGACGGGAAUAAUGAAUGAUUUAUAGAGGUUUGUUUUUGAUCGUGGAGAGAGGGCUUUACUUCUACUUGGUCCGAAGUAGCACCUGUUGGCAAGAGAUAUUCGGCGUCGGAUUUCGUGGCUGACAUUGUUGUUGAUGUUGCUGCUGGUUCCAAAUAGACGAAAUUAUAUACGACUUUGAAGUUUUGACUGUCGUGACGGUCACCCCUACGGGUAGGGGGGCUCCUGCUUGCAGGGGGAAGAAUAUAACCAUGGUAAGGCAUGCCUUUCGUAAGAUGUGACUAAAAUCCCACAUGCACUGUGUCUGCCAUUCUGGGUUUACCUUGAAAUGUCAGUGUAUUCCGUGUCAGAUAGUGUGCUAUAAUACUUAUCGUAAAAAAUGAAUAUUAUGCGCUUUAUAUUUAUUCCUGGUAUAAGGCAUUUGAAUUACGAGACAAAUGUCACCAGUCAUUUGAGUUCUUAGGGGCUCAACUGGCAGUAGCGAAAGCUACAAAUUCUCACCACGGGCAGCAGGUUGCCUUUGGAGAUUACUCCAAUCUGCUCAUUGGGUUUCGCCCUUUGUGGAUAUUCGUGGUGGUUGUAGUUUGAACCUAAAUGCAGGCAUGGCAUUUUGUCCAACGUGGAGUCGCAUUGCGGCCGGGUGCCAGAUCCAGAGUACGGCAGAGGUUUUAGGUCGGCAUCAUACCCGACCAAGGUGAGUGCUGAUUGCAUUUAUGCGUUAUGGCGCUGAUCCAUUGUAUUGAUCUACGUGCUUCUAGAAAUAACGAACACUGUUGUGGCGGAAUGUCACGAGUCAGCAUGUUUUAGAAAUGCAUCAUAUUAAUAUGUAGCUAAAGUGAGUUUUAAGUUCUAUUGAAAAAAGCAGUUGCUGAACAAAUCUCUUGGUGUUGUGCUGUCAUUUAUUGAGGAGAUCGCGGCUAACAAUAACAAUAAGAACAGGGAGAUUAUUAACAGAAUUUAAAACAACAAUUAAAAUUUUGCACUAUUGGUGGUUUCAUUCCCUUAAACAUGUGUUCAAAAAUUUCAUUACUUAAUAAAUCUUUAAAUAGGAAAACUGUGGACGAUUAAACAACAAUAAUUAAAUUAAACAACAAAAAUUAUUCAAAACAAAAACAACAAUAUCAUAGAAGCAACAGUGGCAACAGCAAUAACAAUAAUUAAAUUAACAACAAAAAUAAUGAAAAACAAAAUCAACAGCGGCAACAGCAGCAGCAGCUAUGACAAAACAUCAACUUCAACAAUAGCAACAAAAGCAACAGCGGCUUCCUAGAAGAUGCAGAGAAGUAAUGUAAGAUUAAAUUAAAUAUUGAAACAUAUUAUUAUAUUAUAUACAUACAUAUGUGUGCAUAAAAUAAGAUAAGUCAUCAAAGAUCAAAAGCCAGUUAUUUUAAAAUUGUAGAGAGUGGAUUAAAUCUUAAAUUCUCUGUGACUUCAAAAUUGUAGGAGCAAGUCUUUGAUAGAUCUUGUACUACCAGUGUAAGUAAAACUGUAGGAAUAAGAUACAUACUGAAAUUUCCAUAAAGAAACUAAAAAAGUGUUCUAAAUGUAAAAAGAAAGUGUUAAAAAUUAAAACGAAAACACAAAACAAAAACUUCAAAAUAAGUGAAAAUAAUUAUAUUUUAAUAAAACAGAAGUUCUCGGAAAAGAAAAACAAAUCAGUUUAAAUAAAAUGACUUGUAAUAAUAGGAUUUUAGAAAUUAUUUUCAUCUUGCCCCACCAGCUAGUUGUGUAGAUUGCAAAAUAAAACUAAAACAACAUUUUGAAAUAACGUAAAUACAUUACGCGUAGGUAGCAUUAGUGAGUUAAGCAACAAAAUUAUUGAAAUAAUUGAUGCUAUAACUAAAUUUGGAGCUCUCGACGAAAACGAGGGGACGAUGAAGGACAUUUUUUGAAGAAUGCUUAUUCAACGUAUUAAGCAAAUCACAUCAGGGACUUGUGCUUAUGCAAUAAGGAACUCUACACAAUGUGCCAAAUAAUAGAAAUAAUUUUACAGGCCAACAAAGUUUUAGGCCUAGAUGUGCUAAUAAUUUUAACAAUUAACAAAAUUACAGGCCAAUACAUACGAUUAAUUCUGCAAGUCAACAACAAAAUAAUAGAACUGAUAACACAUUCAAUUUUCGAGGUCAGACAAAUGGAUUGGGUCAACAUAAUAGCAGACUACAAAAUACAAGUAAUUUUGCUCGACAGUACUCGUGGAUUACCUGGACUAACAAUAACAGUGGACAUUAUAGGUCUAGGAAUUUUAAUAGGCCUACUCUAUGGAAGUUAAUACCAUGAGUCGGGUUGAGGAACUGGAAGAAACAAACGUUAAUGGAGACUUAAUCAACUGACUUGCGAUGAUAAAUACCCUCUGCCAAAUAUUGAUGGGAUUUUGGAUAAAUUGGGCAAAGCACAGUACUUUAGCAUCAUUGAUUUAGACAAAGUUUAUCACCAAAUAUUCAGGGGUGUUGUGGAAUCUGAUAGUUGUCGGAAUCAGAAUUGAAACCGAUCAAAAAAAGCUGUAGGUGUCAUGAAUACAGACAUUAUUGGUUUGAUAUUCGAAAUAGAAUUUGUAUCGGUUUUGGCUGUCACGGAAACCAAUUUUAUCGGUUUUGCUGUCUGAAAAAAUCUUAAGCGUUUUUAAGAUUAAGGUUGAAAUUAGACUCACUGAGGUGCACAACUAAAAGCACAUUGCCUGUGCUAUCUCGGUUUUAACCCUGCUGUUAGGUAAAAAAAAACUUACGAAUCUUAGGUUAGAGGACCAUUUGGUCCAUACUGCAGUUUUCAUACAAAAUAACAAUUUAAUCUUAGUCUUUAUAUUUAGUUUGGUUCAAUACUUGCUAAAUAUUAUUAUUUUAUUAUUUACUCAACUCUGGUAAAAUAAAAACUAGGCGAGGGGUUCCCCCGUUUUGCAUUUUUCUUUGCUCAACAUAGCUAGUGCAAAAAAUAAUUGCGGGAUUCCCACUUUUGGCUUUUUGUGUAGAAUCACGAAUGUUUAUGCGAAUUUGUUCAGUUUGUGUGUUGAUUUCGAGAGUUCGGACAUGUUUACUUAUGAAAUGGCGCACUUGAAUGAAGACGAGAUACGAGAAGUGCUCUGUGCAGAAAGUGUAUCGGAUAUCUCAGAUUGCGAUAUUGAUUAUAAUUCGGAGAAUUAUGAAACAAAUGAGUCUGAAACAGAUAGUGAACCGGAACCCCUCUUAACUCCAAGUGGCUCUGUUGAUUCCUUAUUUAUUGCUAAAAACAAAAUGGUAUGGAGUGCCACACCAUUACCUCAGCAUAUUGGAUCUGCGAUUGAGAAUAUUAUUUCAACACAACCAGGACCAACUCGAUUUGCAGUGUCCAGAUGCCAUGACAUUGUCUCAGCUUUUUUGUUGUUUUUUCCGCCUCCAAUAGAAAAAAUUGUGAUAGAAAAUACUAAUAAGUACGACAGAGUCAAGUUCGACGACAAAUGGGGCGAUAUUGAUGAUGACAUAUUGUGUCGCGGCAAAAAUGAAGAUGUUCAUGGUUUAUUUGAUUCAAAAUUUGGUCGCCCAAUUUUCCGAUCAAUUAUGUCUGAAAAUCAUUUCCACAAGAUUACUAGUGCGCUUCGUUUCGAUGAUGUUUUGAGUCGACAACAAACGCGUAGUAGCGAUAAAUUUGCUCCUAUUCGUGACUUGUGGGACCGUUGGCAACAAUUUCUUCCAAUGUUCUACAACUGCCAUGAAAAUGUCACGGUUGAUGAGCAACUUGUUGCAUUCAGGGGGCGAUGUUCUUUUCGACAGUUUAUGCCAUCAAAACCAGCAAAAUAUGGUUUGAAGUUUUGGUUAUCCGUGGACUCAAAGUCCGGCUACGUAUGGAAAAUACAACCAUACCUUGGUAAACCUAGAAAUGCUAAGCCCGAAAAGAACCAAGGAGAACGCGUUGCAUUGGACUUGACAGACGAUUUGAAAGGGCAAAAUAUAACAGCUGACAAUUUUUUUUCCACAUUUGAGUUGGUAAAAAAACUUCAUGAGAGAAAACUUACAUAUGUGGGAACGGUUCGCAAAAACAAAACUUUCAUUCCUCCGAAAUUGCUUACUGUGAAGAAUCUUCCAUUGUACAAAUCUACAUUUGCAUUCAAUGACAUUGCGACAUUAGUAUCAUACAUCAGUCACAAAAACAAAGCAACUAUAUUGAUUAGUACAAUACACAAAAAAGAUAAAGUUGAUGAGAGUGGACCGAAGAAAAAACCAGAGAUUGUUUCUUAUUACAAUUCAACAAAAGGUUUACUACAAAUAGUUUUUUGCCUGCCAAUAAUUUUUUAUGUUUCAUAUCUUUAGGUGGCGUUGAUACUGCUGAUCAAAUGAUUGGCUCCUACACGACGAAACGCCAAACAAAUCGAUGGCCAAACAUUGUAUUUGCAAAUAUAUUAGAUAUAUCCGCUUUGAAUGCGUACAUAAUUUUUUCCGAAAUCGAUGUUUCAUGGACUCCAGCUUGUCGGAAUCGGAGGAGACCAAAUUUUUUGCGGCAACUUGCACUUUCUUUGGCUGAGCCACAUAUGAUGAAACGCACUAAAUUACCUCAACAACAAUUUUCAGCGCAGUUAUUGAGAGAAAUACGAACACCUUCCACAGCACCAGUGGCCUGCUCUAAAAAUGCUUCUAGUUCAGGACAUCGAAAGCGAGGAAUUUGUAGUUGCUGCAAGUCUAAGUCUGAUGUAAAAUGCUCCAUUUGCAGUGCGUUUAUUUGCAAAACCAACCCAAAAACAUUUUGCUCAUCAUGUAGUACCAAAAAGU